AUGUCUCGCCAGAAUGAUGUUGCUCUUAAUGCUUCAGUCUUCCGGCCAAGCGCCAUUCCAGAGACAUGCCACGCCCUGAACAAAGCGCUUAUGGACUUACAGGCUGGCCAGCCGAAUUGGUGGGAACUAAUUACGACAUGGUCUUUAUUUCUAAAGGUUGGUGCCCAGAACUUUCGGCAAAUGCGCCUUCGAGGUGAAACCGCAUUUCCAAAGCCUGUUGUACUGGAAUGUGGGCAAUCAUUCUCAAUCCCGUCUCGCCAGAAGGGCCGUGAUAUUCCCUGCCGAAUAAUCACGCCGGAAGGUAACGGCACACCAUCAGGCGUCUUUAUGCAUAUUCAUGGCGGUGGAUGGGUCUUGUCCGAUGAGAUGUCACAAGACAGCAUGUUGAAGUCUUAUGCAGACACCGCCAAUGUCGUGGCCGUGUCCGUCGGCUAUCGACUUGCGCCUGAAUUUCCAUUUCCUAGUGGACCAGAAGAUUGCUAUGAUGCGGCGGAAUGGCUUGUAGAUAACGCUGAAAAAAAGUUUGGUGCGCCCUUCAAGUUUAUGGGCGGAGAGUCCGCUGGAGCCCAUCUCUCUACAUUGACUGCAUUCCACCUCCUUAACCAUGCGGAGGAUAAAUAUUCAAGUUUUAACCUCAAGGGAUUGGUUCUACAAUAUGGCGCUUACGAUCUUUCGUAUACACCGUCAAUGUACACCUACCGACCAGGCCAACGACUCAUCCUUGAUCGAGAAACGGUAGAUCAUUUUAUCGAUGCUUUUUUGCCAGAUCCUAAAGUGGACCGAAAGCAUGCCUCUAUAUCUCCUCUAUAUUUUGAUUUUGCGUCUCUUGCUGCGGCCGGCAAAUACCUCCCACCCGCAAUAUUUACAUGUGGGACAGAGGAUAUCCUACUUGAUGAUACAGUCUUCAUGAGUGCUAAAUGGCAGAUGGCUGGCGGAGAAACAUUUGUUAAAAUUGUUCCAGGCGCACCGCACGGUUUCUCUUUGUUUCCUCCUAAACUAGCUGCCGGAACUGCAGAGACAUUGAUGUUGAUUGGGCAGUUUCUCAAUGGAAAGGCGCAGUGA